AUGCCGGUACCCUCUGUUGCUGGGUUUGAUCUCAACGUUCGUCUCGAGGAGCCUGAAGAUGACGAUAGCGUGGAUGAAGUUCAUCUCGACGAGCCUCCAUUGGAGAAUGAAAGCGGCUUUGAUCUGAACCUGCCACAAGUAGAACAUGCUGUUGAGGCUCCCGUUGAAGGUGACAACGACAACGACGUCCACGUCGAUGACGAGCCACAAGAUAACCAUGGCGUCGAUUUGAACAUACCGCUUGAUGAAUUUGGUGCCGUGGAUUUCUCUUAUAUAGGGAACGAUGCUGAACCUGUUGAACAGCCCCAUCGAAGGAAAGAGAUGACAGAACACCUCCGCAAACAAGUUUACCAAUCUUUGUUGGCUAGAAGCAACAAUGGUAAACUAGGCAAGAAGGACACUACCAUUGUCGCCGAGCAAUUUGGGCUUCAUAUUCGGGCAGUUCAGAGGUUAUGGAAAAGAGGUACAACACAACUAGCAAACUCCAUUCCGGUUGUUGUUUCAGGUCUAAAGAAGGGUAGAGUAGGCCGCAAGCAAAUCCCUGUUGACUUAGAUGCAUUGAGAAACAUUCCUUUAAAGCAAAGAAUGACAAUAGAUGAUGUGUGCAAGGCACUAAAUUUGAGCAAAUGGCAGAUUCAAAGGUAUUUGAAAAAAGGUUACCUUAGGCGCCACUCUAGUAGCAUCAAACCCUAUCUCACUGAAGCAAACAAGAGGGCUAGGUUACAGUGGUGUGUUGACAUGGUUAACAGGGAGUUGCUUGAUGAUCCAAAGUUUAAGGAGUUGUAUGACUUUGUUUUUAUUGAUGAGAAAUGGUUUUACCUACAUCAAAAAAAUGAAAGAUAUUAUUUGCUACCCGAAGAAGAUUUACCCCAUCGGACUUGUAAGAAUAAAAACUACAUCCCUAGGCUCAUGUUCUUGUGUGUUUGCGCUCGACCAAGGUUUAGGGAUGAGGUUUGCACUUUUGAUGGUAGGAUUGGAUGUUUCCCACUUGUUCAUUAUGAACCGGCUAUGAGAGGUAAUGAGAGGACCGGCCGUAUCCAAAUGGCCAAGAGAAGAUGUGGGUAG